AUGAGCCCAUCCCAGGAGCGUAACACACACCAGACAGCCGACACUUGUAACCUUCACACUGCUACAGGUACAGCCAAUUAUUAUAUUAGUUUACCUCACAGAUAUCAGCGAGACAGUACGAUAAAACUCUGGGGAACAGUCAAAACAGAUGGUGUUGAGAUCUUAAUCCUAAAACAUAUUCACGAUACUAUCCAAGAAUCAACUUAUAGGAGGGCUACUAUCGCUAACACAGAGGACACAUUCAUCAUAGGUGCUUUCUCAUCAGAGCAGCAAGAAAUAAUCAGUGACCAUUUUAUCUUUGUCGACUCCGGAAGAUACUUGUCAUACUGCAUGUGUGAAGACUUUACUGUGGCCGGGCCAAGAGGCUAUUGGUACACAUCCAGUCAACAAAGAGUUGAGCCUAAACGUGGCAAGUUCUUUUAG